CAUAAAUCCAUAUAAAUUACAUCUUUCGGCCAAUCUCUUCCAAAUUAUGUCAGUUUCCUUCCGAAAAUGCUUACUAGAACCAAAAUUAUUUAAGAAUCUAGCUAAAUCCACAUCAAUUGCAUCCUCAAAGUUCACAACACAUCAAUCAAACCAAAGGCAAGUCCCAAAAUGCACCUACGUCCUCUCACCAACUCAAUGGCUCAAAAACAAGAUAAACUUUCAAAUCUUAAAGUUGCAUGAUAAAGAUUUCAAUGAAAAGGAAUUUACGGCUGGUGCCAAGCAGGCUGCACUAGUAAUCCUAGAAAUAGCUCGAACACGCAAUGCUGCACAGCUAGCAAGAGUAUCAACACUUCGAGGCUUUUCAAGAAUCUUCAAAGACAUGCUCGCAUCCAAAGAUGAUCCAAGAAGGAAGCUCCUUUAUUUCAACAGUCAGGAUAUUCAAAAAAUCAUCACAACUGAUGUUCAAAUUGCAGAAUCGGAUGUAAAGUUUCUGUGCCUUAUUGAAGUCUUCUUCGUAUGUGUCAAGUACCUCGAUGACGUCAUCAAAAUGUAUGAAGUAUCAAAUCCUAAUGUUAGCUUGAAAAUUUAUCAAGACAUAAAGGAGGUUGAGAAAUUAUUGAAGAAGAAAAAUUACACCGAAAAAUCUCAAGUUCCAACAGAAGAGAAGUUAUUAGUCACUGAAGGAUAUUUCCACUUGUGUACCAGUUUUCCAAAGCAGCAACAACUGGAUGAGGAUGAGAAUGAAUGGAAAAUCGAUCAUUUUAAAAUAUCUGAGUUUAAUAUUGUUCGAUUUAAAGACAGUUUUGGGAAAUAGGAAGGCUUGAUUUGAAGUUUCGAGAAGAUCUGAAUAAAACUAAGUUUCCCUAACACACAAAGAGCAUGCUCUUGUUCAAGAGUACGGUUGAGAAGA